CUGGAGAGAACAGUGUCAUACAAUGGGCACAGAAGAAAUGAGGGUGUGCAAAAAGGGGUGUCACAGACACUCCAUCCUCACUGAGACACAUGAGGUAUCAGAUAGGCUACGCACCUUUGAGGUGGCUUCUGUGUUUGUAGGGUAUUUGUGAAUAGGUCUGGGGUGAAGCAAAACAGAGAAGAAUCAGCUCUGCAGAGCGUCUUGGUCUCCCCCAACCCCUCAAUGCACAAUUUUGGUUAUGUUUUGAUUCUCUGUUGUACAGACUGCAGCCAGAAUGGAAUUACAGCAAGCUUUUACAUUCAAAAAAGCCAUUACACAAAACAUGAAGAAUGGUAACCACACACUUACAAAAUUUAACACUAGUUAAAUUAAUUUCUGUCAUAGAUGACCCCUCAUCAGAUGUCAGAAGCAGCUCAGCCCUGCAGGGAGCAGAGUAGCCUGUGCAGAUGUGUGUCACUUCCCUUCAGUCAAGGUGCAGAACGAGUCAUUCAUGGAAAAGCUUCUUUACGUAUCUGUCAAAAUUAAUCUGUCCUAGAAGAUAACAGUUUGACAGCAAUAUUAUUUUUCCCAAUUGUGUUUUUGAAGAAAAACACUAUCCUGUCAAACUGCAUCCCUGAGAUGAAGAGGGAUGGAUGCUGUAAACGAUUACCGUGUAAUUUUUUGGAAUGCUGGCUCAGGAGGGCUUCCUGCAAACGAAACCACUUUUGCCAAAAUACUGCAGCACCAAGGCUACAGCACAGGACUGAUAGGGAAGUGGCAUCAAGGUGUUAACUGUGAGUCCCGCAAUGACCAUUGUCAUCACCCUUUAAAACAUGGAUUUGACUAUUUCUAUGGGAUGCCUUUUACACUAAUAAGUGACUGUCAGCCAACAGAAACACCGGAGAUGGACAGAGCCUUUAGAAGGAAGCUCUGGCUUUCCACUCAAAUGAUUGGCCUCAUUACACUCACUGCUGUCCUUGGGAGACUGACUGGCUUGAUUUCAGUCCACUGGAAAACACUCACCUGCCUUGCUGGGUUCAGUCUCCUGUUCUUCAUAUCCUGGUUCUCAAGUUACGGAUUUGUACGGUACUGGAACUGCAUUAUGAUGAGAAACCAUGGAAUUACUGAGCAGCCAAUGGUGACAGACAGAACUACGUCCCUUAUCUUGAGAGAGUCCAUUUCAUUUAUUGAAAGAAAUAAGGACAAGCCAUUCCUCCUCUUUCUUUCCUUUCUGCAUUCCCACACCCCUCUCCUCACCACAGAGAAGUUUCUUGGGAGGAGCAGACAUGGUUUAUAUGGGGACAAUGUAGAGGAGAUGGACUGGAUGGUGGGCCAGGUUCUAGAUGCUAUUGACAAGGAAGGCUUGAAAGAAACUACACUAGUUUACUUUGCCUCCGAUCAUGGUGGAUGGCUGGAAAGGCAAGAAGGGGAAAGACAGUUGGGUGGCUGGAAUGGAAUAUACAAAGGUGGAAAAUCUAUGGGAGGCUGGGAAGGAGGAAUCCGCGUCCCAGGGAUAUUUAGAUGGCCAGGAGUGUUACCUGCAGGCACAGUUAUUGCUGAACCUACAAGCCUUAUGGAUAUUUAUCCUACAGUAGUUCAUUUGGCUGGAGGGGAAGUGCCUCAGGACAGGGUGAUCGACGGCCGGGACCUGCUGCCUUUAUUGCGGGGAGCGGUGGCGCGCUCGGAGCACGAGUUCCUGUUCCAUUACUGCGGCGUUCACUUACACGCCGUGCGCUGGCACCAGAAGGACACUGGAGCUGUUUGGAAGGCUCAUUUCAUGACUCCCAUUUUCAGUCCUCCUGGAGCAGGGGCUUGUUAUGACAGAGGAUUUUGCCCAUGCUUUGGGGAAGGAGUGACCCAUCAUGAGCCUCCAUUGCUGUUUGAGCUCUCACAAGACCCUUCUGAAGCCACACCUCUCUCAGCUGCCACGGAGCCCCUCUUUGACACUGUCAUAAGGAAGAUUGGCAGAGCCAUAGAGGAGCAUCGCAGGACGCUGACUCCAGUGCCAGAGCAGCUCUCUGUGUCCAACGUGGUGUGGAAGCCAUGGCUGCAGCCAUGCUGUGGGACGUUCCCAUUCUGUUGGUGUGAUAAGGAAGGUGAUAAUAAACUUGUUGACCUAUAAA